CCCAGAAGUGUCAGGACUAGUUAUGCGCUCGGAAUUGUGAACCUUUUCCCAUAUCUACAAGAUCCGUACUCAGAGCAUGGAUAUGAACAUUACUAUGACCCUGAGGCGAAUACUGGCUAUCUUGCUUGGAGACUCAAGACGGUCCAACGCAACACGCACGAUGGCCUCCGUGGGCAUUCCAGGCCCAAUCCCCAGGGCAGCCCAACAACCCAACGAGAAUCUUUGUUGAUUGCUGAACAGCUCAAGGAUGAGGAGUGCAGAGAGGCCGUGUCUGUAAUAAGACACUCCACAGAUGAAUCCGUGGUCAAAGAGAAGAUGAGAGCCACCUUUGAAUACAGACAGAAGCUGGUUCAUGACCAGGAUGCAACAUCUUCAGUCUUUGACGUCUUCCCUCGUUUCCUUGACAUACCCGGACUGAUUGACCAGGAUUUCUCACUGAUGUUUGGGGACGAAGUGUCUGGAAAGUUUCUUGCAAAGUGGCCUUCAUAUUUCAAGCCCAAAGUCAUCAGAGAAAGCCAGAGUCUUCCUUUCAGUCUUCAUGUUGAGGAACUGCGGGCAGGUUGCAACCCUGAGACUGAGAAUGAUCAUGGCUGGGAUAGUGAUAUGUCAGCUCUCCUGUUGCUGUUGCAUCUUCUGCCCCCUACAUCAAGAGGCCAUAAGAAAACUGUCAAGAUCAGCGCCGCACAGGCAGAGGACCAUCUUGUUAGAUUUGUUAAGCAUGGAGCCAGCCUCACUACAUUCCUGGAGAAAGUUGAUGCCAGACAGCCUUUCCUCCUCUGCACUGGACAGCAAAAGAAGAAAGUCGAGAGAUUCUUCAUCGUUGUGGACAACAAACCGAUCCCAUGCAACGCCCUGACGUCGGUGGGUGCCUUUGAUGGGCUAUUCAAAGCUCAUUAUGUUUUCAGCCUCUCUUAUGAUGAAGCCCUCUUCGGUUUCUACACCUUCAUUCAAACCACAGUCUACAACAUAGAUGUUGGAAGCACAAAGGAAACGCCACGAGUCAAGGAGCUGAGAGCACGACUGCUACGUGAGGCUUAAAUUCCCACCAUUGCACAAAGGUCAAGGAAUUGUUAAAAAAAAACUUCAGUGAUUAUGUUCACCUGUUUUGUUUGCAAAACACACCACAAAAAUUGUUCGCUUCUAUGUCAACAUUUAAUGUUCCAACACGGUUUAUACCCAGCCAAAAACCUACGUCUGAAGUGUGGAGAACAAGGAUGUCCUUCUUCUUUUUGUACAUACAAUGGCUUCAGGAAGCAUCUUAACAAUGUACACAGUCAUCACCAUGAUGAACAGGUUGAUACCAACCAGGAAGAGGACAUGCAAAGACAUUCUGAUGU